UUGACGCCCGUUCAACGACAUUACCUUUUAAAAGCUUUGGUAUCCAUCCAGAUGCAGAUGGAAUGGUCUGAAUUGGAAAAGUUAGGCGCUUUGACACAAUACGGAUACCCUUUCACAGCCAAUCGACCAAAGUUGAAGAGAGUCAAAGAUAAAUCUUUGCAAUUGGAAGGAGAAUUCGCAAAAGGAGAAUUUGCCGAAGCUGCUGAUGAUCCAUAUGCCGAUAUUGAUGAAGAUGAAGCAAGAAGGCAAGAAGGUCUAAUGGAACCAUUGAUCCUUCGUCAUAUGUUCCACGUUCAUUUGCACACAUUUCCUGGCUUGGAUAGAGCGCCGGAGAAGUACUGGCAAAAGCGUAUUCAGCCUUUCUUUGAUGAAAUGGCGGCAAGAAAUUUCAGUUCUUCUAUCGAACGGUCCGAGACAAGUGCUCGUCAUUUCUACACGUUGGCGAUGACACGUUAUCUCGGUGGCUUCUUUGCUCGUGGUGUUGGUGUCCGUGGAGAAGGGGAGCUAAAAGGCCCGGGAAAGGGUGAACCAGGAACGGGAACUUGGAGAAAGAGUAAAGAGUGGGGUAAAGGUACGGUCAAGAGAGGAUUGGAUAAACCUGCACGUCCCGAUGGUAAACUCAUGGAAAGAAUCGAUAAUCUAUUCGAUGGAGCCGAAGGCGAAGUUUGGCGAAGAGCCCAUAAAGAAACAACUCGAGUAAAGAAGGAUUGGCGUGCAUUCAAAGAAUUCAAUAUCGAGCGGGAAACCGGUAUAGAAGAGACCAUGGCUUUCUUGGACGUUGGUAACUUGCGUAAUUUGCCGCCGCAGUACAGAAAUGCGGAAGAAUAUGCCCGACAUCAUGCAGCUUACAUCUUCCAUACCCUUUUUUCAUUGGUUCAACGUAUUUUCGUUUCUGUGAUCGGAGGACAAGCAUCGUCAAUUAAUAAGGAGUAUGUUCAACCACUAAAGAGGGAAAUCGCCGAUACCGAAUUGACUACGAAGCUGGAAGAUUACGUCAAACGUGGUAAUCGUCCUGAACGAAAAGCGAUCGCCAGUCGCGCUUUGCGCACUGGACAAGAUGUUCUGGCUACAAUCUUAAUCUAUGCAACUGGUCCUCAAUUAAGUCAAUCAAAGAAGAAUGAAGUUUUGGACUUGCAUGAUUCGUUUGCAAGCAGCCCAUACCGUGGUCAAUUAGGCGCUGCUUAUCCUGAUUCAACGCCGAUCGCAAAAUCUGGCGAAAAGCCAAAGAUCGAAAACUGGACAAACGAUCGUGAUGAACAAAAAGAUGCGAAAAAGUAUGCAAUGCUGAAGCUAUACUUGCGUGAAUUAUUACACAGACGCGAUCGUGAACAAGCAUGUCAAAUGGCAAGUGGAAGUUUGUUACCUCAAAUCAUUAAAGAAUCUUUGGAUACCGUCUUUUAUGGUCCCAUCAAAAGCAUCGCUGAACAUAGCGAUUUGAGCGCUCGAUUAGGUGAUUUGCAAAACUUCUUUGACGAUAUCAUUAAAACAAAGAAGAAUUCGCAAAACACAUUACCCGAUUGGAUCGCCUUAACGGCUCGUCAUGAGAAUAGCUUGUAUUUCUUAUUCCAUGAAUGUGCGGCAAUCAUUGGACCAUUUUCACAUUGGUUACAAGGAGGAUCGGAUUUCAUGGCAUUGAGUACAACUGAUCCUAAUCAUCCUGCCAACCGGAAAGCCAAAAAUGUUGAAGUGAAUUUGGAAGCGUUGUUGCAAGAUGAUACGUUGACGGAAGAAGAUGUACGUGGAAUCGUCAAAGAAGCCGAUCAGCUUGCCGAAUAUGUCAAGUGGCAAAAAGUAUGGUAUGAAUUGGAAAUGCGAAAGAAUUUCUUAUUGGGAACAGGAGCUGCAAUUCCACAGAGUGGCUUAUGCGCAGACGAUCUCCCAAGCAAGUCAAUGCGAGACAGGAUCGAAGAUGUUGAUGGUUUACUCUUAGAAUUGUUACAAGAAGAAAGAGUUCAAGCAGAAGACGGAACUGUAAAAACCGACGUUCGCGGAACGGAAAUGCAAGAUUUCCCAUGGGCAUGGUUCGAUGCCGUUGAUCCUCUUCAUCAACAUCUACAAGGAACAGAUCCAAGUGCGAUUUCAUACGAACCCAAGACCGCUUCCGCCCAAAUACCAUCGUUCAAGCAUACCCGCAAAGCUCUGGAUGCAUUCCAAUUUGCACUUUUAGAAAAGUUGCCCGCUUGGCGGGAAGGUGAUGCAAAAGGUGUUCCCGCAACGCCUGCCGCUUUACGCAAACCACAAUCAUCUUCUGCUUCCAUUCAAACUGCAGCAGCCAAAACACCUAGCGUUGCUGGCGGUCAAACACAAAAGUCUACCUCGAAAUCUCGAUUCAAGAUUCCCUUUAUGGGCAAGAAUUGA